GUAUGAGAGGGCAAAUGCACAAUUAGAUUAAAAAUGAUUAUGCUUUUGUUGAUGGGGCCUUAAGGGCACUUUGGGUGCAUUCACAGUUAGUAAUCCAUGCUCAGCCAUUACAGAGCUAUUUAGACAGUUUAUCGAUCAAUUACAAUAAGGGGGUCAACAGCAUUAAAACACAGUCAAACAGCCACACAGUCGAUGCCCAGCCAUGUAUCAACAAAAACCAUGUGACUGAUCAGAGACAAGAAACAGGAGGCGCUUGUUUCCUACACUGAGAGAGCCCGCUGGUGCACCACGAGCAGCACAUCUCUCUCAAGCGUUGCGCUGGGAGACUCAAGCAGUCGGCGAGAGAAACCGCGAGGAGGGUGAGAGAGGAGAGAGGGGGGAAAAAAGGAGCGACGGAGAUGGCGAGUCUAAACAUGGAGCCGACACCGCUGCUUCGACUUAUGGGGCUGCUGUGGCUCCUUCUAGCCAGCCAAAUCACCACAGUCCGGAGUCUGAACGGCGACGAAGACCAGAGCCAGGACACCGAGUGCAAGAUGAAGAGCGUCACCGUGUCAGCGCUGCCGUUUCUGAGGGAGAACGACCUGAGCAUCAUGCACAGCCCGUCGGCCUCGGAGCCCAAGCUGCUAUUCUCCGUGAGGAAUGAUUUUCCAGGGGACGUGGUGGUGGUGGACGACCUGGAAAACACCGAGCUCCCUUUCUUCGUCCUAGAGAUCUCUGGGAACUCAGAGGACAUCCCUCUGGUGCGCUGGCGGCAGCAGUGGCUGGAAAAUGGCACACUUCUUUUCCACAUCCACCAUCAGGACGGCAGCGUCAACCUACCCGAACCAACUGAAGACCCGGCCAACGACUCCACGAAAGAAGAGCUGCGCAUACUCCACAUCUCUGUGAUGGGUGGGAUGAUCGCCCUUCUGCUGUCCGUCCUGUGCCUCGUCCUGAUCCUGUACACCCGCAGGCGCUGGUGUAAGAGACGCCGCAUCCCUCAGCCCCAAAAGAGUGCCAGCGCUGAGGCGGCUAAUGAGAUACACUACAUCCCAUCAGUGCUGAUGGGAGGCCAAGCACGGGAAAGUCUAAGGAACUCCAGGGGUCAGGGGCCAAACUCUGGUGGCACCCUCAGCAUCCGGGAAACACCAAUUUUGGACGGGUACGAAUACGACAUUACAGACCUGCGUCACCAUUUGCAACGAGAGUGCAUGAACGGCGGGGAGGAAUUUGCUAGUCAAGUCACCCGUACCUUGGACUCCCUUCAGGGCUGCAAUGACAAGAAUAAUAUGGACCUCACACCGGUGAAUGACAACACUAAGUUGGCCCUGAUGAACAAAUACAAGGACAACAUUAUUGCCACGAGCCCAUUGGACAGCAAUCACCAGCAAAACACCCUGCUGCCACACAACACAUCUACCAGCCAACGCAAACGUCUCUCCAGCAACACCAGAGCGGGUUCAACUUUCUUGAACCCAGACGGGGACUCUGGAACGGAGGCAGACAGCGAGCCUCAGCUGGCCUUUUACACUGACCCAAACCGCAGUCGGCGCCGGAGUCGAGGUAUGAGAAAUGGUAACGCCAACAGCGCGUGGGGCUCUGGGGCAGGUUCCCCACGGAGUCCUAUCAAUAAGACCACCCUGACUCUGAUCAGUGUCAUCAGCUGCGUGAUCGGCCUGGUUUACUCCUCUCACCUCGCCUGCAGCCUCUCAGUCCGAGUAAUCUUACAUGUGCCGGAGCACCUCAUAGCUGACGGUUCGAGGUUCAUUCUGCUCCAGGGGAGCCAGCUGGAUGCAUCGGAUUGGCUGAACCCAGCCCAGAUCUUGUUAUACUACCAGCAGAAUGCCAGUGGACCUUGGGUCAACGAGCUGUGUGGCCGACGCCUACUGGAUCCUUGUGAACACCAGUGUGACCCAGAGACAGGAGAAUGCCUUUGCCUUGAUGGCUACAUGAAGGACCCGGUCCACAAACAUCUUUGCAUCCGCAGUGAGUGGGGGCCCAAUCAGGGUCCCUGGCCUUACACCAUCUUCCAGCGUGGUUUUGAUCUUGUGAUGGGAGAACAACCCUCUGAUCGCAUUUUCAGAUUUACAUACACCCUGGGAGAAGGAAUGUGGCUUCCUCUGAGCAAAAGCUUUGUCAUCCCUCCUGCUGAGCUCGCCAUCAACCCGUCAGCCAAAUGCAAGACAGACAUGACAGUAAUGGAGGAUGCGGUAGACGUAAGAGAGGAGCUGAUGAUCAGCUCGUCGUUCGACUCUUUGGAGGUCCUCCUGGACUCUUUCGGACCCGUCAGAGAUUGCUCGAAAGACAACGGCGGCUGCAGCCGCAACUUUCGCUGCAUAUCUGACCGAAAGCUCGAUUCCACCGGCUGUGUGUGCCCCCCCGGGCUUAGUCCGAUGAAAGAUGGGACCGGGUGCUAUGACCACCAUAUUGGCAUCGACUGCUCUGACGGCUUCAACGGUGGAUGUGAGCAGCUGUGCCUCCAACAGCUGGCCCCUCUAGAGGAUGACCCAACCCUCUACAACAUCCAGAUGUUCUGUGGGUGCAUCGAGGACUAUAAGCGCGGUCCUGAUGGGAGGUCAUGCUUGCCUCUGUCUGAAUCCUGUACUGAGGGCGUGGACUGCGGCGAAGCGACAGACAUUCCUGCCAACCAGACCGUCUUCGGAGACCUCUUCUACGGUUACAACAACCACACCCAGGAAAGCACCUCUGGUCAGAUACUGAAGGCCACGUUCAGGCAGAAGAACUUUGCCCGAGGCAUUGAGCAUCAGCUCCCAGAUGGCAUGGUGGUGGCAUCUGUGCCAACGGAGGUCCAGUGCCACGAGGAGCUGUCAGACCCUGUGCCUGACCCAGAAUACCUGACGGGUAUGGUGAACUACAGUGAGGUGUCUGGCUAUCCCCUUGUCCAGCAUUGGAGUCUGCGCUCUGUGUUGUACCAUGUCAAACUCAACCAGUGGGUCCUGUCCCAAGCUUUCAGCUCUGCCAUCCAUUCUCUAGACGGGGCGACGCAGCGGAGCGACUUUGUCUCAAUCCUGAGAGAGUUUGGGAACCACUAUGUGCAGGAGGCCGUUUAUGGCUUCCAGGAGUCCUGUACCAUCUGGUACCCCAACAAACAAGUCCAGAGACAGCUGUGGCUGGAGUACCAGGACAUCAGCAAAGGUAACUCCCCUUCAGAGGAGUCCGAGGAGCGGGACAAGGAGCCCAGGACGUUGACUUACCCAGCGUACAUUGCCAGCCUUCUGGACACGGGCGCUAAGCGCAUGGCAGCCGGUGUCAGGAUGGACUGCAACAGCCAGGGCCAGUGCCCACGCUCCUGCCACCUCUGCCACAUGAGUCCCAGGGUGGCACAGGGGCGGCAACAGUCUGAGCCCGUCCUCCUGAAGAUCACCAAAGCUGCUCCCAUCUACGAGUUAGUGUCCAACAACGAGACCUAUCAGGCUCUCCAGGACGCGAUGAUGAGCAUGCUGUGGUGCUCAGGCAAAGGCGACGUUAUUGAUGACUGGUGUCGAUGUGAUUCCAGCGCGUUUGGCACAGAUGGACUGCCCACCUGCGCCCCGCUUCCUCAACCCAUGCUGAAGCUGUCUUACACCUAUGAGCCCAGCAGCUCAUUGGUCAUCAUGGAGUGGAACCACACGGAGCCACCUAUCGGCGUGCGCAUCGUUGAUUACCUCAUCAGCCAGGAGAAGGUGACAGAGAGGACGGACCACUCUAAACUCGAGACAGAAACCCUCUUGAGCUUUGUGGAUGACAUCCUGUCUGGGGCCAGGUCGCCGUGUGUGAUGCUGGGAGACAUCCCAAACCUGCUGUCUUCCUCCAUCAGUCUGAUCAUUCGCUGCCUGGAGCCUGAUGCAACAUACAUGUUCCGCCUGUGGGCUGUAGACAACACAGGACGGCGUUCCAGUCCAAGUGAGGUCACCAUCAAGACUCCAUGUCCGACUGUGGAUGAUGUCAAAGCGCAGGAAAUUGCGGACAAGAUCUACAAUCUGUUCAAUGGCUACACAAGCGGGAAAGAGCAGCAGACCGCCUACAACACUCUCAUGGACCUGGGCGCUCCCACGCUGCACCGCGUGCUUUACCACUACAACCAGCGCUACGAGAGCUUUGGAGAAUUCACCUGGAGGUGUGAGGAUGAGCUGGGACCGAGGAAGGCGGGCCUCAUCCUCUCCCAGCUGGACGAACUCUCUCUGUGGUGUAAGGGCCUCCUGCAGGAGCCUAAGAUCGGCCUUCGCCGGAUGUCCCUCAAGUUCCUGUCCUGCCGUUACACCGACACCAAAGCCUUUGGCCUCAACUGGUCCGAGAUGGGCCAGGACGUACACAAGGCCUGUGACGAACAGACACUCACUGUCAUGUACAACGACUACGGAGAGCCCAAGGAGCUCUAGAGGUUUGAGCUUCUAAGGGAUCAGCUCAGUUUCCCGAGAAAACACAGAUUUUACAUACAGAUGGCAAGGCGGCUGAGAUUCACGUCUUAUUUCGAAGUGCUGCCCAUUAUUUGAAAUGAAAUCUGCUCAGUUUACCUUUAAUGAUACUCAGAAACAAAGUGCUAAUAAUGUUAGCUGUUAUUAGCACUGCUCUGUAGCAGCUGCCAGUCCCUGAGCUUUUGGUCAGUCUGUAAACUUUACUUCUUUAUUAUAAUGAAGAGUUAAAAUGAAAAAAAAUCUUAUUAUGAUUAAAAUUAAGGAAUAGCAACAGUGGCCUCUACAAGUUUGAACUUAGAUAGAUUUACACUGUUAUAUGUGGUUUAUAUUAAAUCCUCUUAAGACAACAGUUUUCAUCAACAAUAAUUCUCUAACUUGACCCAAAUUAAAGUGUUGCUGUUGGCUAGCACCUACCAAAUAAUGAGAUAAAUAAUACCACUUUUAUUUAUAUUACAUCGUGGCAUUCCUUUUAUCUGCAAAACAGACAAGUUAAUUUUUCUUAGAGUUAUCACACUUGAGAGGUCAAUAUAGAGUAUUGUACAUAUGCAUCUUAAUACAUUAGGACAUCAUCAAAAAGUUUCUUUAUUUCAGUAUUUCAAUUUGAAAAUUGAGACAAAUUAAUUCCAUGUUCAUUUUGAUGAUUAUAGCUUACAGCUGAUAAAAUUCCCAAAUUUGUUUGUUUAGCUGAUUUGAAAAUGACACUCGAGCAGUAAAAAUCGAGAGUGUUAAAAGCGAAAUGUAAAAAUGUAUGUCCAUGUACCGUACAGUGAAUGCAUUCAAUAGUUGGUCAGGUGUGAUAUGGAGGCAGUCUGCCUUUGGCUCUGUUGAGGAGGUCCAGGUUGCUCUAGUUGGUGUCUUUAAAUUGUCCCAUCAUCUUUCUGCUUCUGCUUGGCAUCGCUUCUUCAUCCACUUGUUGUUAUCCCCGCUGAUUUCUUCACUUUUAAUCGGCAUAUUUUUUUCAUCCACUCAUUGCUCCAAUAAUAUGGCCUCUUGUAUGUAUCAGUAUGUCUGAUACUGUCCUGAUUUGUUGCUGUGCCCAGCAGCUUUUUGCUGGGUUAUUGUCAAGUCAAUAAAAUAACUUUUAUUUUAUUGCCAUAAUAACGGGGAAAACUCUUUCCCCGUUAUUAUGUAAGACAUAAUAUUCCAUUUUUUAAAAAUGAAAUAAAAGUUUGAUUUUCCCAUCUUCAGAUUUCAUUAGCUUUAAAGCUGCAGCAUGUAACUUUUAUGAAAAAUGUGCUUUGUAUGUGUUUGUUAAAACUGUCACUAUGUUGUGACUGUAUAAGACAGGUAAUCUGUGGUUGUACUGCUAUCUGCAGAAAUACACCAUUCGGUCAGCAACAACCAAUCAGAGCCAGGAGGAGGAGGGUCUUAGCACUGUCAAUCACUCUCAUGUAUAUGCAGCUUUUGUAAAAGUUAAAUACUACUUCAAACUAUGAAACUAAUCAAAAUGAUUGGAAAUAAAUACUUAGAAUAUCUUCACAUUUGUGUAAUAGGUGCAUAAUUAGGCAUUUUAAUGACGGCUUAAUCCACUGAGGUGCAUCAGUAUAUCUGAUACUGUCCUGAUUGGUCGCUGGGCAGAAUUUUCUUUCUUUGGUGGGCCGCUGUAUUGAACUAUGCUGGUAGACAGUUAAAGAAAGUACAUGGAAGAAGUGUGGAGCUAUUUUAGAGAUUAAACAAAAAGGUUUACACUGUACAUAACAUUGUCAUGAAGUUUUAGCAACAAUAUAUAUAUAACCUGAAUGUAGUGUUGAUACUUAUUUACCGUUGUAAACUAUUUGUUUGAAAUAACUCAAACCCAAGCCGCGUUGACUUACUUCAGUAAUAACUUUUAAAAAAAAGAAAAGUUUCUUAAUCCUUUUAAUGUUCAAACAACAUCAAUUUUAACCGGCAGUAAAUCUACACUGAAGCUGCGAAACAACAGUGUCUUAAUAUUUAAAACAUUUGUUUGUUUGUCAUUUAACUGUAAUGAUUUGUUCUGGAAAGGAUCUCAUUUUGUGCUUGAAACAAUUUGUGCUUUUCUUUGACUUCGUUUGUAAUUUUAAUAAUACGUCUGAGGGCCAUGUCGAUGAUUGAUGUCAGAAAAUUUUUUUUUUUUUUUUUACAAAUCUAACGUGUGAAUACUAAAAUAAAUGCCUGUAGAUUUUUGUAUAGAUAAUAAUACAUAAUUACAUCACGAUUUAAUCCUUUACUCCUGUAUAUACAAUAUACUCCUUGUGAUAUUUCACGGCAUUGAUGUGUGCUUUAGUCGAUAUCUUAAUGAACCUACAUAUAAGUUGUGUAUUGUAGUUUUUGCAAGAUUGAUGCACUGAGUUUGUCCCUGUGAGUGAUAUGAUUGGAAUUUGGGAACACUGACUUUUGGAGCACUUUGGGGUGAAAUUAAGGAUCAUUAAAAAAAAAAGACAAAAAAACAUCAGAAAUCAGUUUUAAUCUUCGAAAAUGUUUCUGAUCUGCAUGAAAUUCUGUUUAUAUGUGUCCCAUAAAAAACUCUGAAUUUUCAUGUUGUCCUUUGCUACUUUACGCAAAAGAGGCCACACAACACUUUCCAAUGACGUUUUUUCACAGCACUAAUGGUUUGUCUAUCAAAUCUUUAAUUUGUGCUCCACAGAUAUUCCUGCUCCUGUUUAACUGUCAGCUUUCUGUGACAGUAUUGAGACCUGUGUUGCUAAUUGUUGUUGCAGUUCUGAUCUCAGUGCUCAGACUGCUGCCCAAAUGUUUCAUUCAAAUAAAGUAACCCUUGAAAAAUG